AUGGCUGCACCCAUGGAGAAAUGUGCAAGAAUUAAACUGUUUUUUAAACAUGAUAAACUUGAGCCUUCGUGGCUGUUUGUGAGAACAAAUCAGUUGCCAUGUGUUGCAGACAUCGAGAACCAGAUUCGAUGUAAAUUCGACCUCGGAUCUUGUGAUGUCAAACUGUAUUUGUCUGGAUGCAUCCUCCCAAAAUGGGAGAGCACAGAGUUGUUGCAUGACAAUGAUGCUGUUGAUGUUUUAAUUGACAAAGAUGCCUGUACUGAAAAUGAUACCAGAGAAUUUAUCAAACAAAGGAAAAAGAAGCAUAAAAUAAUCAUUGACAGAAAAGAUGAUAUUGACAGUGAAAUUCUAAACCAUGUGGAUACUGGUCAUCUCAACGACAGUACGACAAACACGACAGAUGCUUCACAACAAAAGAAGAGGAAAAGAAAGCAUAAGAGCAAGAAAGAAAACGACAUCACUGAACUGAAAGACAAUGAUAUUAAUUCUUCAGUGUGUGUUACAGCAGCAUCAAAUGUGAGAUGCAGCAUUGAAAAUGAUGAUGACAUUUUGUCCGAGAAAAAGAAAAAGCACAAGAAGAGAAAAAAAGAUGUUAUGGAAGUGAUGGAUUCCAUUUGUCAGGAUCCAGAGAGCAGCUUUGUUUUUAGAAGGAAUCCAGGUGUGUUACCAGGUACUACUAGUAAUCCAUCAGAAAGUGUGAUUAACAACCAUUCUAGUAAUUCUACUGGUGAUAUGUUAAGUCCACCGUCUUCUGUUAAAGCUAGCACUGUCCCAGUCCCAGUAGUUCCUGACGAUUCUCAGGUGAAAAAGAAAAGAACCAGAGUUCGUAAGAGAAAGAGAAAAACUUCUGCAGCCCAACAAGACACUUCAGCGACUCUAGCCAGUGAUAAACCAGAAGUCACAGCCAAAGAGAACAGUGACUGGCCGGUCAAUAAGACUGUCAAACUGAACUUACCGUGGUCGAAACGACCACAUAACAAACGAAUCACGUUCAACGACUCAGCUGAGUCUAAUGAUGAGGAUAGCGUUGUGAGAACAUGGGGAAAACCUGAACAUCUGUCAGACCCAAAUGAUUUACAUGACUUUUCAAGCACAGCCGAUCACAAUGGAGAUAAUAACAAUGUUUCAUGUGCGUCAAAAACAUACAGCAGGGUGGAGUUUUCAUACAGCAAUUCUGUAAUAUCCAACAGCAAAUCAAGGAGUCCGAAUCUUGUAGAAUCAACUCUGAAUCAUGUGGAAUCAGCUCCUGUUAGGUCAGAAUUGGCGAAUGGUGUGAAAGUUUUCACCAGGAAAAUGCCAAAAAGACAGUCGGAUCAGUUCCGCGAGAUAAGCAAACAAGAACAGCUGAACACAGUAGCCACAAACGUGUCAGUGAUUUUGAAGAACUCUUCUGAAGAACCACAUGAAGGUGUUUAUGAAGAAAGCACUGAACCUAUGAGUAAAGACACAAAUGGAUUUGAUGGAGAAGAUGACGGUGAUAUGGAGACCGUUCCCAUUGUUAGGGACUACACCGGAUUCCCAGCCUUGUAUGGCCCACCGAGAACCGGAGACAAAAUAGCUUUCAAGGUGUUGGAACUUUCCGAAACAUAUGAACCAGGGAUAUCUGAUUACAAGGAAGCUGAAGUGCUGCAUUAUGAUCCAGAUACAACCAUGAUCUCACUGAAAAUACUCAACAAAUCAAACAUUCCGAAAAUUCCUGGUAAAUUUGAUAUAACUACUGAAGAGGACGACAGCAUUGACGAUGGUUCAGAAAAUCAAGUGAUGCAUGAAUGGUCUUCACUUCUGGAGCCGAAACUGCUUUAAGAUGACACUGUGAUCCAGAAUUAAUUAAGAAUGAUAACUCUGCCCUUAACAAAAAGAAUGAGAGGGGGGAACAGGGAGAGACAGAGACUUUUAAUUGUGUGAAUUUAAAUUUAAAAUUGCUCUGUGUUUCUAUUUUUGGUUCCAUGUUGUCAAUGUGAUUAAGGGAGACAACUAUUCGUAGAUGAUUAAGUAAAUUAGCGAAAUUUAUUAAUCUGGACACAUUUUGGACAAUCUAUACCAUCAGAUUAUCAUGGUAUUUGAUGUUCCUGUUGAUACAUCUUGUGACAGCAACUUGUUUCAGCUUUUCUUAUUGGGUUAAUUUGAUAUUUGGUAGUAUCGUCAACAUCUUCUGUUAAUAUUAAUGUUUUUGUUACAGUGGGGUAAGAACUACUUAACUUGACCACUUGUUGAUUUGUACAUCCAGGAUUUGCUUUAUAGAAUCGGCAAUUUCAAGUGUGAUUGUAAUGUUCAUAUGUCUCGGACACAAUUUGUUUGUUGUAAUAAACUGUACAAUUAUA